AAGUCAAAUUGUGAAGCAGCGGUAAGACAUGCCCAGGACCCGUCCCUUGAAAUGCAUGGAGGCAGGAGCUUGCUGCAGCCACAGUCUCUGUAGCAGCGAGAGCCGCGCCGAGCCGAGCCGAGCCGAGCCGGGCAGCAUUUCGUAACAGGAGACACACAGCACCGUACAUGUAAUCUCUCCCAGUAAUUAUAAUAGCUGGAGCCUGUCAGUAGGUAGACUGCUGAGAAAAAGAGGCGACAAGAGGGGAGCAGCACCAAUACACCCCAGGAUGGCUAAAGAAGCUACCGGAAAAGCUGCCUCCCACAAGCAGAGCUCCCCCCAGUGGCGGAUGCAGAACAUAGCGCAUGAGUCGGUGGAGAGCUCAGACGAGGAAUUCUUCGACGCUCGGGAGGAUGUGCUGGAGGGGAAGAGUGCCAUGCUGCUGGGCAUGAGCCAGUGGAACUCCAAUGACCUGGUGGAGCAGAUCGAGACCCUGGGGCACAUCGACCAGUCGCAAGAGAGUCUGUAUCGAGCGGUGCUGGGCCGGGGGCGCUGUACUGCACAGAGCAGCAUCGACGGCAUGGAGGACAGCGAGAGGGUGUGUCGAACCCACAUCCUCAUCCUGGUCCUGCACGGGGGGAACAUCCUGGACAGCGGGGGAGGGGACCAGAACUCCAAGAUGGCGGACAUCAACACGUUCCGCUCGGUGUUCCAGAAGGUGGCCCGCGCGCACUUCCCCGCCGCCAGCGAGCGCGUGCAAAUGAAGCUGGUGCCCUGCUCCGCCAUCUGCACCGAAGCCUUCUCCCUCGUCUCCAACUUGAACCCGUACAGCUAUGACGAGAGCUGCCUGUCCAGCAGCGUUGACCACAUCCCCCUGGCCGCUCUGCCCCUCCUCGCCAUCUCGUCACCGCAGUACCAGGAGGCUGUCGCCACGGUGAUCACCAGAGCCAAUCAGGUCUACCACGACUUCCUCAAGUCCCAGGAAGGGGUCGGCUUUAGCGGACAGGUGUGUCUGAUGGGGGACUGUGUGGGAGGGAUCCUGGGCUUUGAUGCCCUGUGUUUCAGCGCCUGCACGAGAGCCGAGAGCCAGGGCAGUAGCCGUCAGGACAGCACAGAGAGCCUGCAGGAGAACCCCAGGGUGUCAGAGGGUGGUGGGCUGGGCUUCAGCUCCAGCAAGCGUCUCAGCAAGAGCAACAUCGACAUCUCAGGGGUCAUGGGGGAGGCACCGUCGCCAAGGCAACCGCUGGGGCGGAACCAGAGCGACUCCUCCAACUACGAGUGUGGCUCGAUAACUCAGCACCACGCCUUCCUCAGCAGUAUCCAGCCCAGUCUGUUGCAGGACUCUGAUCUCCAGCAGGGAAGCAGCUCCAGUCUCCAGGUCUUCAAUCCUGGGAAGUUUGAUUUCGAGGUGUCAGAUUUUUUCCUGUUCGGAUCGCCGCUGGGACUGGUUCUAGCCAUGAGGAGGACCGUGCUGCCCGAAAUCCAGGUGUCUCUGCUGAACCCUGCCUGCACUCAACUCUACAGCCUCUUCCACCCCGCGGACCCCUCAGCCUCCCGCCUCGAACCUCUGCUGCACCGCCGCUUCCACCAGCUGGCUCCCUUCCCAGUGCCCCGCUACCAGCACUGCCCCCUGGGGGACGGGAGGUCCAAUCUGCUCGCGGACGCGAUCCACAGCAGCCCGUGGGUGUUCCUGGAGCCCGGCCAAGCCCUCGCUCCCCCCCCUGCCUCUGCACCUGCCUCUGCACCUGCCCCUGCACCUGCACCUGCCCCUGCCUCUUCCUCUGCACCUGCACCUGUACCUGCCCCUGCCUCUGCCCCUGCCCGCAGAGCAAGCCAGACCAGCAUGGGCAGCGAGGUGUCAGGCUGCUCCCUCAGCCAGCUCGCCAGCACCAUCACCAACAUCUCAAGUGCGUGGUGGGGUACGAAGCGGCUGGACUACGCCCUCUACUGUCCGGACGUGCUCACUGCAUUCCCCACCGUGGCCCUGCCACACCUCUUCCACGCCAGCUACUGGGAGUCCACCGAUGUCGUGGCCUUCGUGCUUCGCCAGGUGAUGCGCUGCGAGAGUGUCAACGCCCAGGAGGCGGACGGCUCAGACUCCGCCCUCUUCUCGCCCUCGAACCCGCGAGAGAAGUGGCAGCGGCGGCGCACUCCCGUCAAGCUGCGGAAUGUCACGGCCAAUCACAGAGCCAAUGAUGUCAUCGCAACGGAGGACGGCUCGCAGACUCUGAUUGGUCGGUUCAUGUAUGGACCUCUCGACAUGGUCACCUUGACCGGUGAAAAGGUGGAUGUCCAGUUGAUGACUCAGCCCUCGUCCGGACGCUGGGUUCACUUCGACACCGAGGUCACCAACAGCAACGGCCGCGUCUCCUACACCAUCCCCGAAGACAAGCGGCUGGGCGUGGGGGUGUACCCCAUCAAAAUGAUCGUCAAGGGUGACCAGACCAGCGCGGAAGCCUUCCUGACAGUGCUGCCUCGCGGGAUGGAGUGCGUGGUGUUCAGCAUCGACGGCUCCUUCGCUGCCAGCGUCUCCAUCAUGGGCAGCGACCCCAAAGUGCGGGCAGGAGCCGUGGAUGUGGUCAGGCACUGGCAGGACCUGGGCUACCUGAUCAUCUACAUCACGGGCCGGCCGGACAUGCAGAAGCAGCGCGUGGUCUCCUGGCUCUCGCAGCACAACUUCCCCCAGGGCAUGAUCUUCUUCUCCGACGGGCUGGUGCACGACCCACUGAGGCAGAAAACCAUCUUCCUGCGCAACCUGGUCCAAGAGUGCCACAUCAAGAUCAGCGCUGCCUAUGGGUCCAUGAAGGAUAUCUCUGUGUACAAUGUGCUGGACCUCCCUCCCUCCCAGAUAUACAUCGUGGGACGUCCCUCCAAGAAAUACCAGAACCAGUGCCAGUUCCUGAGCGAGGGGUACGCAGCGCACCUCUCCUCUCUGCAGUUCGGGCAUCGCUCCCGUCCCAAGAAGAGCUCGGUCCGCAUGGUGCUGCGCAAGGGCAGCUUCGGGCUCUCGGCUAAGCCCGACUUCCUGCGCAAGCGAGCCCACCUGCGGCGCACCAUGUCCGUGCAGCAGCCCGACCCGCCCUCCACCCCCAACCCCAAACCCGAGAGGGCGCAGAGCCAGCCCGAGUCCGACAAGGAUCCAGAGAGGCACCCGGGGCCGGGGGUGUGGGUGCGAGGAGCUGGGCAGCGCGGGGACUCCACGCCCUGAGA